AUGAAGAGGCUUUAUAUCUUCUGCAUCAUGGCUUUGAGUGUGGACCUCGUCCGAAGCACCGUCCAGAUAUGCCAAGACACCGAUAAAAACUCCUGUACUGUUACAUGCGGGUCGCCUGGGAAAGACGGUCUUCCUGGAAAAGAUGGUAACGUUGGACCUAAGGGUGAAAAAGGAGAUCAAGGUCCAAGAGGAUUUGUAGGUCCAGUUGGACCUCCUGGAGCUCCAGGGAUACCCGGGGAAAGAGGACAGCAAGGACCACCAGGUCCAAAGGGGGACAGAAGUGACAGUGGGGCAUCAGCUCUCGAAGCUCUCCAAGGUCAAGUAAGCUCAAUUGAGCAACAACUCAGAUCAUUGAAAACUGCCGUAGAAGCUCAGAAGAAAGGUCUGGUUUUUGCUAAAAGAAAGAGCAGCGGGGACAAAAUCUACAUGGUAUAUGACUUAGAACUGUCUUAUGGAGAAGCCGUCCAAAUUUGUUCCAAGGCUGGAGGCCAGUUGGCUUCCCCUCAGAAUAGCGCGGAGAAUGACGCCGUGUUGGCCAUCUCUUUGGAAAAAAAUACUAUACCUUACCUGGGAAUAAACGACAUUGAGUUGGAAGGAAGUUUUCGUUACCCAAACGGUCAGGUGAUUGGCUACUCAAACUGGUAUCCCGGUGAACCCAACGAUAACCUCCGGGUUGAGGACUGCGUGACAAUGUAUAAUACCGGAAAAUGGAACGAUUCCAAUUGCGACAAAACCCGUCUUGUUAUCUGUGAAUUCUUUUAG